AUUUUCUUUGUUAUUAUUAUUGUUAUCAAGCAUUUUGCAAAUAGCUUUUUUCAGUUGACGCAUAUCAAGUUUCUUCGCUCGAGUACUAUACGCAAUGGCUACCUUACUUGUUAAUUUAGGAACAGCUACUAAAUUUUCACCUGUGAAAGCGCCGUUGAAUGUGACAGGUCAGUCUGCAAGAAUGGCGACUAUGGUGGAAGAACAAAUUUCGGUUGACAUGGGCGAAGAUAAAGAAUCAGAAUUCGUCGUAGUCACUUGCAAUUGGGUGGAUAUUACCCAAGAAUUUUUCGAAGCUAUUACAGAAUUGGAAUUGGGUGAAUUAUUAAGAGAUGACAUGUUUGGAUUAUUUGAGGCGAUGUCUGCAAUUGAAAUGAUGGAUCCAAAAAUGGAUGUUGGUAUGCUAUGUAAUAGGAGCAACAACAAACCAUGUACUUUUAUACAGGCUGUUGACUCUGGUGCAAUCAAAUUGGACAAUCUAACUCCAUCAGAAGUUAUAGGAAUAAUAGAUUCCACGUAUGCCUGCAUAGUGUCCUGGCUUGAGGGUCACAGUUUAGCCCAAACAGUCUUCACUAACUUGUAUCUUCAUCAGCCCAAUCAAAUAAUUGAUAAACCACUGAAAAUAUUUUGCUAUGCUGUAUAUAAGAUAAUUGAAAUAAUUAAAGACUGCAUUAAUAAAGCAUUAGUCUUUGAGGAAGAAGAUUUCCAGAGUGUUACAUAUGGUUAUAAAUUGCAAUUGGAUAUUACAGAACAAAAAAUUAUAUCUAUGUUAAGAGAAGUAGAAGAUGAACUACCUAAAAAGAAUAGAAUAAAACCGAAUCAUGUAGUGUCGGAGGAAAAAUAUAGCGAUAGGUUGGCACUGUAUGCCAGAAUUAGAUUCACCAAAAUGUUUUAUCAAAUUUUGUCAUUAAUGGGAAAAAAGGAACAGCUGCAACAAAAUUUAAGCGAUUGCCAUACAUUAUUAUCAAGAUGCUCUUGUAUGAUACAAAUUAUGAUUAAAACAGUAAAUCGUGGAGAAAAUGCUGACGAAAUAUCAAACUAUCCAAAUAUUAUGGGAUUCGACCCUAUGGUAAAUCAAAGAUUGUUACCACCAACGUUCCCACGGUAUGCAAAAAUAAAGCCAAGAAUAGAGGCUUUAAAAUAUUUGGAUGAAUUAUUAAAUAGGUUUAGAACAGUCACUAUGAUUACUAAUCAAAACGGAUUUCACGCGGCUUUGGACUUUUUUUUAGAAUUCUCACGGCAAGGCCCAUGUAUAUUAUCUAGAUCAAUGUUGCAAAUAGUUUAUGUAUCCACAACAUAUCGGGUAUUUGGUAUACAACAUUUCGCUGACGUUUUGAAAGACGCAGCGCGAAAUUUCAUAGCGCCUCCGGUUCUAAUGCCAAAGAGCACAAUGCUUCAGAACCAUCAGGCAAAAGAAUACGUUGACAGUUUCAUGUCUCAUUGCGUAGGCGUUUUCAGCCGUUUGCUUCAACUUACUGGUCAUAACAGAGCAAGACAGAGAGAUAAACUGGCAUAUAUGUUGGGCGAGUUCGCGACUUUACAGGACGAAGCUGAAAGAGUCGAUGGAUUCUUACACACGUUGUCAUUAAAAAGUGAGCCUCCGAGGACACAUUUAGCUUGUUUUGGAACGUGGAUUUUGUACCAUACGCUACGAGUUAUGGUCAUGUACUUGUUAAGCGGCUUCGAGCUAGAAUUGUAUUCAGUGCAUGAAUAUCAUUAUAUAUUUUGGUACUUGUACGAGUUCCUUUACGGAUGGCUUGUGUCGGCUAUAACAAGGGCAAAUACAUUCUUAAUGGAACAGGAUGUGCAUAAUGAUACACAUAAGGGUAGAGGUAGUAAGAAGAGCGCGAAGAAUAAGAAAAAGAAAUCGACCACAAGACCGUACAAUUUAGAAAUGUUAAUGUAUCAAGCCAUGCAAAAUAUAUGUGGGGGAUAUUAUAAAGCUUUAGUUGGUUUUCGUAUGGAUGGUAAAAUACCACUUCCUGAAACGCAAUUCGAUUCGGAACGAGUUCGAUACGAGCACAGGUUAUUACCGUUUUCUUCGUUACUGACGCCACCGCCAGUACAUUAUCAGGAAUUUUUAGAUAUGACUAACGCGCAAAUGCAUAAAAGAAACGGGAAGAUCACUAGUGAAGUACUGUACGUAGCCGGUUGGCGUCAUUUUCAUCAAGCUAGAAAUAUGUUGGAACGAGCGUUGUCUCUUUAUUCACCGAAUGCUAGUACUAUAAACGAGAUCAAUGAUUUAUUGAAAGUGGCCAAAACAAAUUUCGUCGUUUUAAAAUUACUCGCUGAUGGUCAUAAAAAGGAUUCCAAAGAACCUCCAGUAUUCGAUUUCUCGUGUCAUCAACAUUUCCCACUGAUAAAACUGACCUAAGUCAUCUGUAAAUGGCCAUCACAUCGCGCUAUAAAAUGACAUAUUAUUUAUUCUAGCUUUAGUCGUGCAAAAAAAUAUUUUUGUGCCGUUGCCUUUCCAUGCCUUUUUUUUCUUUUAAUACAACUUUCACUGCUCUUCCCUCUCUUCUUUGUUUUUAUUAAAGAUACAUCCUUCAUUGUACAGAUAUGUAUUAUUUGUCAAGCAUAUUUUCUGGAUAAAUUUCUAUGAGGAGGAAACAUGAUAUUUGUAUAUAGUUUAUCAUAAAUAUAUAUAUGUUUUAAGUGAGUUCAUGUGGAUAGAGAAUGAAUGCGUCAAUCAUUUGAGAGAAGGUUCGUGAACUUUUCAGAGAUUUUUGUGAAAUGUAAAUAAAAAUAAAGUACAGAGUGUAUAGUCUCGAAAUGUUGUAUAGUAACGCAUCUUAUCCAUGAAAUUGUUAACACUUCUUGUUAGUGAGACAUCUGCAACAUUUUGGGUAUAUCACAGGCUUAAGCUAUGAAACACACGGUCCGACAACAAUUUUUUUGCAAUAACAAUUUCCGCAAUUUCAUCGAUCAUAUUUUAUCUAGAUUAUUUACGUGUAACACGUAUAUUCUCUACAUUCUACACGGGCAUAGUUAUAAUUUAUAUCUCACUAAAUUCUGUGUAUGUGUACAGACACGAACAUUGUAAUAUUAAAUUGAAACACUAAAUUUCAAUGUAAAAUUAAUAACUGAAGAAUAAAAUACUUGUAAAUCAUCAACUUUAUGUGAAAAAGCGAUGUAUGUCUAAUAAAGAUGAUAAUCCAAGAUA